GAAUUGACAGAUAGGCAUUAACUGUAAUAAAAGUCAGCCCUAAACUUAAGAAACUUUUCAAUUACCCAACCCAAACCAGUGAAAUAAAUAACCCUCUCACUCUCUCACUGAUACCUAAACACAAAGUUAACGGAUCUUAAUCGUUCUUAAUUCUUAAUUUUUCCCUCAUUCUUAAUUUUUUCUCUCACUGAUACUCUCUCAUUCUUAGUUUUUCUCUCACUGAACGGUGAAAAAAUGAUGAAGGAAUGUGAUUUUCACUACGCUGCGACUGUAAUGCAUAAACCUAAGAAACGGUUAAGGGAAUUCGGUGACGCCGCUGAUUCUCACUGUUACUCACUCGCUGAUCAAUGUGGUUUGCGUCUUCGCCGUCGGAUCAACGGUGACUGGGUCCCACCUCUCCUUCCACCACAGGAAAAACCACCUGAGAUGAAGAAAAAGAUUAAGCUCAUAAUCAAAUUCACGGGGAAGUCAAAAAACGAGUCCAAAUUUAAAAAGGGGGAAACAGUGGAAGUUAGCGACGGCAAUGAAGGUUAUAAAGGUGCUUGGUUUGUGGCUACUGUUAUUGACACAUUAGAAAAAGAAAGGUUUCUAGUUGAAUACAAAGAUUUGGUGACAAAUGAUGAUGGUACUCGACCCCUGAAAGAAGAAAUUGAUGCUAAGUUUAUUAGGCCUUCUCCUCCUUAUGUUCCAAAUUUUGGUUCUUUCAAAAAGUUACAAGAAGUGGAUGCAUGGUACAAUGAUGCUUGGUGGGAAGGUGUGGUUGUUGAAUUAGUGAACACGACAGAGUGUUCUGUUCAUUUUAUGAACAAUGAAGUGUUGAAAAUUGAAUGUUCGAAGCUAAGACCUCAUCAAGAUUGGAUUAAUGGAAAAUGGAUCAUGUCUUCUAAGGAGCCGAGUGAGCUAGUGAAGAAGUUUGGAGAUGUGAUGCCAAAAGCCAACAAUCUUGCCGGAACAAAGUUGAUUUUGAAAUAUCCGAUUCCUUGUGAGAAUGCAAAGCAACCUACAGCUGUAAUAACAAGGACACUAUACACUGGAAGCAAAUUUGAUUUACAUUUCUACAAAGGGGAAAAGGUAGAAAUUCGAAGUGAUGAAAAAGGCUAUGAAGGUUCAUGGUAUACAGCAACUGUUGUCGAUUUCUUCAAUAAUGGAAAGUACUUGGUGGAGUAUUCGACACUGAAAACAGAUGACUUAACAGAACCACUGAAAGAAGAAAUAAAUGUUUCAGAUAUUAGACCGUGUCCGCCUGAAGUUGAUCGUUUUUGUCGAUAUGUGACAUGCCAAAGGGUUGAUGUUUGGUUUAAUGAUGGAUGGUGGGAAGGUGUAGUAUCUAAUGUUGCUCAUGGUUUCAAUGGUUUCGAGUAUAAGGUUUAUUUUUGGACUUCGAAUGAGGAGCUGGAAUUUGAACACUGUUAUCUUAGGCCUCAUCAAGAUUGGAUUGAUGGAAGAUGGAUGCUUGCUUCUUUUGUAUGAUCACUUUAACAAAACAAACUUACUUCAAAUGUUUGGUGUAUAUAUUCAGUAUAAAUGUAGGGUGUUAUAUUUUUUAUUCAAAAAUAUUUGAAAAAUAUAUUUAGCCCGAUAAUUAACAAUCAUAUUGAAAAUUAUGACUA